AUGGUGUGUACAGUAAAUCUCAUCCGAUAUCUCCACUCAAUCCAUUACAUUGGAUUUGCCAGCGCCCAAUUGAUGAACUCUAUUUUAGUUUUCCUGAUUGUCACCAGAUCAAAGAAUUCUUUGGGGAGCUAUCGACACUCCAUGUUGAUUUUUACAUUGGCUUCUAUGGCAUAUUCUUGGGUGGAAAUUAUUGGACAACCAGUAGCACACAUGAAAGGCUCAAUGUUUGUCGUUUUCACACACAAUUUGUCAAUUAAUUUAUCAUACUCUCUCGGAGAAUUUCUUGUUUGUCUUCACUGCGUUCUGACUGGAUUUGUGGCAUCUCUCCUAUCUUGUCAGUUCUUUUAUAGAUAUGUUGCCCUGUGCAAAACACAUUUACUAGUAUACCUGCAGGGCAAAAAACUGUUUCUUAUAUUUACGCCCUCUGUUAUUGUAUUUAUUAUCUGGUUUAUAAUGUUUUACUUUGGAAUGCCUAAUAUUCUUGAAAAGCAGGAAUAUCUUAAAAAAGAAUUCAAGAUAUGUUUUAACGUGGAUUCAUCAAAAACUCCAUUUGUUGGUCCAAUGUAUUGGUCUCGUGGUGAAAAUGGAGAGAUUAAUUGGAAAAUAACGGAGGUCAUUGCUUCACAAUUAUGCUCUUUUCUUUCGAUCAUUAGUUUUUUAGCCAUUUUAUACUGUGCAAUCAGUAUUUACUCAACAAUCAACAGUUUGCGGCACAACCUGAGUCCUAAGAUGUUAGACGUAAACCGACAAAUAUUUAAAAUGUUAUGCAUGCAGACAAUAAUACCAAUGAUCACAAUGUACACACCAGUUGCUUUGUUUGCAAUUCUUCUGUUGUUCGGACAAGAUAUACCAUAUCUGGGCAACUUGACAAGCUGCAGUUUGGCAGUUUACCCGGUUAUCGAACCAAUUAUUGCAAUGACCUGUAUAUCGGCAUUUCGAAGAGCUACUAUCAAUGCAGUCACCUGUUCACAUAGUGUCUCACCCACAACCGCCGUUUUGCCAGUUUUGGUUUCAAAGUAUCGAAAUACAGAGAAACAACUUUAA